AUGAAUGAAAACAUAAGCAAAGUAAAUAGCACUGUGGUAGAACUACUGGGUAUGUCUGAUUUGUUCAAGAGAAUGCAAAACACAUGUUGGGGAAAAUGUAUACCAGAUGCUAAUGAUUCGUUUCUUUCCGUAGGUGAAACAAGUUGUGUUGACAGGUGUGUUCAUAAAUACAUGGAAAUACAUACACUCGUAGGGAAGAAUUUGCAGGAAUCUCAGCUUUCCAAAUGA